AUAUAACACGGUGCAGGCAGCGGGUGUGGGGCCUGGAAGGGGCUGCAGUCUCCUACCAGCACCCUGCGGGCCGGACACCCCUCUCACAGCUCCGGGGCUGCCCUGUACCUAUUGCUGCUGCUCCCUGCACCUUACCCCGAGGGGCCCCGCGUCACCUCAUAUGCACUAUAUGCCCCCCAAGCCCAUUGUGUGCCUUACUGCCAUCAUUAGCCGCCUCUCUAAGGCUGAGACGCCAUGUCUGUGAUUCCCAAGGCCGGAGCGCUGUAUAAGUAACCCCCUAGGUUUGAGCUGUGACCUGUUGCUGCCCCCGUCCCCCUCAUCGGUCUCUGUAGCUGCGGUGCUAUAUGUAGACUCUUCCAGUGAGAUGCGGGUACCCUGUGUCAUACACCUGUUAUAGGCAUACUAGACUAGGGUGACGACCCAAUAUUACUGUAGAAGAUAUAGAGACAGCGGAGAUGUAUGUGAGGGGAGAUCAGCGGUGUAAGGAGGAGGAAAUCCCUACAGAUAUCAGCACAGAUGGACCCAGUAACAGAGAUACCCCAGAGAGAUGUCCCCGUCCUCUGUAUUCCCAGGACUGCACAGAGGAGAAUCACAGGAUCCCACAGGAGGAUCAGCUUGAAGUCCUAUCUAAUAUUAAGUUAGAAGAUAUAAAGGGAGAAUAUAUUUAUGCGACUGAUAUGAAGGCAAAAUACAUAAAGGAAGAAGAGGAGACAUAUGUGAGGGGUGAUCAGCAGUGUAAGGAGGAGGAAAUCCCAACAGAUAUCGGCACAGAUGAACACACAAACAGGAACACGUCAGAGGGAUAUCUCAGUGUGUCUCCAGAUUAUAAAAUAGAAGAUAACAUCACACAGGAUUACCUGGGGAAAAACACCAUUAUUUUGAAUAUACAUCCAGUACUUUCCACUGCAGAUAAAUCACCUGAUCCCUACAAUCAUCUGGAAUGUUAUCCUCAUCCCUCAGAUAUAACGAAACAUAAUACUUCUCAUAAAGGUGAUUUAGUAUUUGCCUGUGCUAAAUGUGGUGAAAGUUUUACACAUUGGUCAGUUUUUGUUAUGCAUCAGAGAACUCACACAGUUGAAAAAUCAUUUAUUUGCUCUGAGUGUGGGAAAUGUUUUACAAAGAAAGCAAAUCUUAUUACACAUCAGAGAAGUCACACAGGUGAGAAACCAUUUUCAUGCUCUGAGUGUGGGAAAUGUUUUACACACAAAUCACAUCUUGUUACACAUGAGAGCUAUCACACAGGUGAGAGGCCAUUUCCAUGCUCUGAGUGCGGGAAAUGCUUUACACAAAAAUCAAAUCUUGUUACACAUCAGAGAAGUCACACAGGUGACAAGCCAUUUCCAUGUUCUGAGUGUGGAAAAAGUUUUACACACAAGUCACGUCUUGUUAAACAUCAGAGAAGUCACACAGGUGAGAAGGCGUUUCCAUGUCCUGAGUGUGGGGAAUGUUUUACAUGGAAAUUAGAUUUAGUUAAACAUCAGAGAAGUCACACAGGUGAGAGGCCAUUUCCAUGCUCUGAAUGUGGGAAAUGUUUUAAACAGAAAUCAGCUCUUGUUAUGCAUCACAGAAGUCACACAGGUGAGAGGCCAUUUCCAUGUUCUGAGUGUGGGAAGUGUUUUACACUGAAAUCAAAUCUUGUUACACAUCAGAGAAGUCACACCGGUGUGAAACCAUUUCCAUGUCCUGAGUGUGGGAAAUGUUUUACACAGAAAUCACAUCUUGUUCUACAUGAGAGAAGUCACACAGGUGAGAGUUUAUUUCCGUGUUCUGAGUGUGGGAAAUGUUUUACACGGAAAUCAACUCUUGUUACACAUCAGAGAACUCACACAGGUGAGAAGCCAUUUCCAUGUCCUGAGUGUGGGAAAUGUUUUACAUGGAAAUUUGAUUUAGGUAAACAUCAGAGAAGUCACACAGGUGAGAGGCCAUUUCCAUGCUCUGAAUGUGGCAAAUGUUUUACACAGAAAUCAGCUCUUGUUAUACAUCACAGAAGUCACACAGGUGAGAGGCCAUUUCCAUGUUCUGAGUGUGGGAAAUGUUUUACACACAAAUCAGCUCUUGUUAUACAUCACAGAAGUCACACAAAUGAGAGGCCAUUUCCAUGCUCUGAGUGUGGGAAAUGUUUUACACAGAAAUCAGCUCUUGUUACACAUGAGAGAAAUCACACAGGGAAGAAGCCAUUUCCAUGCUCUGAGUGUGGCAAAUGUUUUGCAAUUCAUUCAAAUCUGAUUAAACAUGAGAAAAUUCAUACAAGUAAAAAAAAAAUUCCUUGAGCUAAUCAGACAAUGGGGGUAAUUCCAAGUUGAUCGCAGCAGGAAAUUGUUUAGCAG